GAUUGGUAAUUGAGCUAGACAUACAAGGAAGGUAUCUGGUACAGAGAGCUUCCCAGUAUGCGUGGGAUACUAGACUACCAGAUGACCUAUGUGUUCUUACUAGUAAGUGGUUGGCCUUGGUUAAGAAGGCUGUCCUCGAGACCAAGGUUCCCAGAAAGAUUGACU